CUCCAGCGCGGCGACGGCUCCACCCUCAGCUUCCGGGAGGCUCCCCGGCUGGUGACGACCAUGAUGGGCACAGGCACGCAGCGCCCCAUCGUCUGCCGCCACUGCUCGGGACUGGCGCAGGAGGCCCAGCUGCUCACGCCCACCAGCCUCGCCUCGGGUCCCGACGGCUCGGUGUUCGUCGGGGAUUUCAACUUGGUCAGGAGGAUCACGCCCGAGGGACUGGCCUACACGCUCCUUCAGCUGAGCGCCACCCAGGUCUCCUACGGGUACCACAUCGCCGUGUCUCCCGCCGACGGCCAGGUCUACGUCACUGACCCGGAGAAGUACAAGGUUGUUCGAAUCCUCUCCCUCACCGACGUCACAGAACCGAGCACGAAUUCGGAGACGGUGGCAGGGAAUGGCGAGCGGUGUAUCCCAGGCGACGAGCGCCACUGCGGCGACCGCGGCCCCGCCCACAAGGCCCGCCUGGCGCACCCGAAGGGCCUCGCCAUCGCCGCCGACCGCACCAUGUACAUCGCCGACGGCACCAACAUCCGCAUGGUGGACCCCAAGGGCAUCAUCCAGACGCUGAUCGGGCACCACGGCCACAAGACGCGCUGGCGGCCGCUGCCCUGCACGGGGGCGCUGCCGGCGAGCCAGGUGGAGCUGCAGUGGCCCACGUCCCUGGCCCUCUCGCCCCUCGACGGCUCGCUCCACGUUCUGGACGACCACGUGGUCCUGCAGGUGACCAGCGACGGCUCUGUGCGUGUCAAGGUGGGCUCGCCACUGCACUGCCCGGCCGCCAAGGACAAGCCGGCCGUCGGAACCAUCACCGGUAUGUCCUUCGCGCCCUCCGGCUCCCUCUUCCUGACGGAGGAGGACGCCCACAAGCAGCACUCCGUCCUCGAAGUCACUCCGGCCAACAAGAUCAAGCACUUCGCGGGCGCCAAACCGGACUGCGGGUGUUCGGAGGAGAACGAUUGCUCCUGCCCGGCUGAUAAGAUCCCCCUCUCCACCACCAUCGUCCUCGGGCCGCUCUCCGCCAUCACGGUCUCUCCUGACGGGGUUAUCCACGUGGCAGACCAGCAGGCGCUCAGAAUCCUCAGCUUCGUGCAUUACCUGCCACCUGACGAUCAGAAUGGGGACUAUCAGGUCGCCUACCCACGGACCAACGAACUGUACGUGUUCAACCGCCACGGACACCACGUGGAGACUCGGGACCUCGUGACCGGAAGGACGCUUUAUUCCUUCCUUUACUCGAAGAACACUUCCUUCGGUCGUCUUUCCAAGGUCACGGACUCGUCGGGUAACAAGGUCAUGUUCCUGAGAGACUACACUUCCGCCGUUAGCCAGAUCGAGAACACGAUGGGAGAGAAGUUCGCCUUCCGCAUCAGCCGCCUGGGCCUUAUGACGAGGUUCUCUGAGCGCCCUGGGAGGUUCUACGAGUUCACGUACGACGAGGACACUGGUCUCCUGGUCGCCUCCUCUUCGCCAGGCCGUCUAACGUAUGUCUAUGAGUAUGACGAAACCGGGCGCUUGGUUACCGUCGUAGCGCCCACGGGUACGCGUGUGGGCGUAGACUCGUGGAUGGGCGGCGAGGACACCCAGCGCAGCCUCAGUGUGGGCGUGGGAGGCAGUCAGGGAGAAAAGAACGCCCACAUUCUCACCCUUACUGGCAACGCCCGUGCUGUCUUCACCCAGAGUGGGUCAGUGUCGUACCACACCCAGCACGACCAUUAA